AUGGCCAAGUGGGAUCCCACCUACCCGCGCUCCAAGCAGCGGUCAACCCCGCCCCGCCGCAGCCUCGUGCUGCGCCGCAAGCGCUCGUCCCGCCACGUCGCGUCGGGGCUCUCCGCCAAAGACUCCAGCGCAUCCGGGGCGGAUCUGGAGCUGGCGGCGCCCAAACCGCGACGCAGCAUUGGCGGGUCCACGGACUGGAGGGCCGGGCUGCUGCUGCCGACCACCACCACAACCUCCUCCUCCUCCUCCGCGCGGAAGGGCAACGGCAGCCACGCGCAUGCGAAGCGGGGCGCGCGGCUCGACGAGGCCGGCGUCGCGCACUUCCUUCCCGCGCUGGAGCGUACGUGGAAGAAGACGGUGGCGGGCGCGUCGAGGAUGUUCGUGGAGAGGCACCGGAGCAGCCACGUGCAGCUCAUCAGCGACAUGGUUUAG